CGCAAUCUCUCUGUCGUUUUUAGAUGGUCUUUUUGUUUGUUCGUUUCUUCUCUGCAACGUACAGAUCUUCGGUCACGCUCUCCAAUUCCUCCUCCGCUAGUCCGCUUUCUCCUUCUUUGAGACAUUCACUCACUAUUAUAAUUCAAUCCCCAAUCAACGUCCUUUAUGGGAUUUCAUUGCAUUUCUUGUCGUCUCUAGAUGAACAUUGGCUCUCCAUAUAAUACAAGCCUGUGCUUAUUCACACAUUGGUGAGAUAUCAAAUCUAUUUAGGACAAGCCAUGGUUCUUGAUGGCAUCAUUUCUUCUCCCCAUCGGAGGUCGCCAUCAUUCAGAAAGCAAUUUCCACGAGAUGAGUUGGCUAGCUGGUCAACACUUGUUCGGAGGCACCGAUUCCUUUUAACAGCUUUAGCCCUUUUGGCUGUUCUCUGCACUAUAUAUCUCUACUUUGCUGUUACUCUGGGAUCUUCCGGAUCUUGUUCUGGCCUCACUGGAACUAAAAAGGCCUUGUGCAAUAUAGAACUGGCAAAAAAUUCUGUGUCCAAGGGAAAGUUAAAAAAAUCUUAGAUGGGUGACAUUAAUUCUAUGAAAAUAGUUUUAUUGGUUUUGUUGCUGAAUUGGAAAGGGGAUUUUAUUGAACCUUUAAUUAUUGUAAGUACGCCUAGCACGACUUGUCUUACAAAAAGAUGUGUCAUCUGGCUUUUACAUGUCUUUUAGGUUCUUUUGAAGACUUUUUAGCAGAAAAAAGACAAUAUCUUUGCAUGUAACGUUCGAAGGUUGUUUAAAUAAGCCUGGGUCCGGUAACCCCAUCUUUGACAGUUUUGUCGGGUUAUUUCACUAUGCCAAAGUGGCAAAACAUGCGAGAUUGCUGACAA